AUGGAAGAAGAUACCGGCCUGUUCCCCAAGGAUGAGCUUUUGGACAACGCCCCGCUUUUGGAAGAUGAAGGAGAUGAAUUAGAGGAUCCGGAGUUCAAUGUUGAAUCUCCCCGUCGGGAGGCCGAGAACGGUGCCUGUCCCACACCCUGCUGUUCAGUGAAACAACCAAAUACUGAUGCUGACGAAACGAAGAGGAAAACAGCUGUCGAAGACAGAGUUCGGACACAUCACCUGCGGAAGAGCUUGGACUACCUCGAUAAGAUGCACGAGGAGAAAGAUCUUUUCAUUCAGAAAACGAGAGAGGAGCUGCGAGCUUGUCGCCAGAGGAUGGACCUCAUUCGCACACAGCAGGCGAGCAUGGCAGCCACGAUCGCCUCUGAGAGAGAGGCCAACAAUGCGGCAGCCGUGGGCCGUCUCCAGGCGGCGUCCAGACGCCUGUGCACAGAGCUGGAGAACGAGAGAGACCUGCAGGCGAAGAGCACCGCCAUGCUGGCGGAGAGCGAGAACGCCAUGUGGCACAUCGAGCUACAGCAGGGGCAGCUGGAGGACUUCCGGAAGUCUAACCAAGAGAAGACAGAGGCUGCUGGGAAGUACUGCCAGGUGCAUGCCGCGCAACAGCUCUGCAGGGAGAAGGCGGCCAUGGAGAAGGCAGAGAAGAACCAGCUGCUGAGGCUGCGGAAGUCCCUGCUCAUUCAGCAGAGACACGGACUCAGGCAGCAGAAGCUGGCGGAAGACAUCCAGAAGAAUCACAGGACCGCAGUGAAGUUCCUCAAGGCCUCCCUGGGAAGGGUUCGAGAGCAAGAGAAGCAGGAGGAGGCAGUGUCCCGUGAGCGUAUGAGGAGACGCAUGGACGCGGUGCUCGCGCUGAAGAGCAGCAUCGCGGCGAACCGGGAAACGCUGCGGAAGUUCCAAGCGUGGAGCCGGGCCAAGGGGCAGCUGGCAGAGCGGAGGGCCCAGGCCGAGAAGGAGGCGAUUCUGGCCCAGGGUGGAGACGCCUUCAGACACCUUUUCCAUCAGCGCCGGCACCAGGAGCUGGAGGCCCAGACACGGGCCUUCGAGGAGGAGCAGAGGCUCAGAAAGCAGGAGAUUGUCGGCCGGAUUUUGAAAGAGGAAGCUGAGGAGGGACACAGGAAGAAGCGGCUUCCUCGCAGCACCACCGCGGGCCGGUGGACCCUGAGAGACAAGACCUGGAGCUACGUGUCCGACUUUUGCGAAGGGAAGACCACAGCCCCGGCCACCUCUUCCCUGCCGGAGGACAGCGCUGAGCACCCCGAGCCCUCUCCGCUGGUGAGAGCCGUCUCCAUCGAGUCUGUUCACGGGGACCCUGGGACUGACUUUGAGGAGGAAACUUUAGCAGAGCCGGAAAUCUCUGGGCUCUGGAAUGAAGACCACAAGCCAUACCAGGUGCCUAAGGAAGACGUGGACAGAAAGCCCGUGGGCGGGACAAAGAUGGACAAGGACAUCUUGGCCCGUACCCUGGAACGGCUGCGGAGCAGCCCGGCCCACAGGCAGGUGGCCUCCGGGCACGAAUUCAAAGGCCGCCCCUUCAACAGCAAGCCGGAGAUCAUCCACUUCAAGGACUUUGACGUGGGCAAGGUGUACAGGAAGAAGAUCACACUGAUAAAUGCCACCUACGCCAUUAACUACUGCAAGCUGGUGGGCGUGGAGGAGCACCUGCGGGACUUCAUCCGCGCUGACUUCGACCCCCCUGGCCCCAUGUCAGCCGGGAUGUCCUGCGAAGUGCUCAUCACCUUCAAGCCCAUGAUAAAUAAAGAUCUGGAAGGAAAUGUCUCAUUUUUGGCUCAGACGGGUGGAUUUUCUGUUCCACUGAAAUGUUCAACAAAGAAAUGUUCUCUGUCCCUCGACAAGGAGCUCAUCGACUUCGGCAGCCACAUGGUGGGUGAGACCGCAUCCCGAACCAUCACGCUAACCAACGUUGGGGGCCUGGGCACGGAGUUCAAGUUCCUUCUAGCCUCGGAGCUCUGCGAGACAGAUGACUCUCGGUCCCUCCUGAGGAUGGGUAGUUUCUUCACCUACGAAGAUAAAAGUUUAUAUGAAAAAACCAUUACUAGCUUUUCUGAGCAACAGCUCGAGGGCAACGAGUCUUCCCCCGUGGACAUGCAGAGCGGGAAGGAGUCGCAGAAGCUGGACAGCAGGGACCUGGAGGAGGCGCAGCCUGCAGAACCAGAGAGAUUAACCACCGUGAUGCAGUCCGUGGAAGACCAGACAGAGAUCACACUGGGGGGGGUAACAGAGGGGGAGCUGGGCCCCUUCAGCUCCAUCAGAGUGCCCGUCGUCUUCACCCCGGCCAUCCCCGGAGAGGUCCAAACCAGAUUCAAGGUCACGUUUAAGACUCCACAGUGCCCGACAUUGUAUUUCAGAGCCAUGGGCGUGGCCGUCGACGUGUCGGUCUGGGUGCCAAAGCCCAGCGUGGACCUGAAGAUCUGCAUGUACGACCGCCUCUACCAGGCCUCUGUCCUCGUGCACACGCGGUCAAACGCAGCCCUGCGCCUCAAGUUUGAGGUCUGCAAGGAGCUGAGGGGACACAUGGAGCUCCUGCCUGAGACGGGCUACAUCCAGGCCCACUCCUCCUACUCCUUGCAGCUCAAGUUCCUGCCCCGACACUCCCUCCCGGAGGACGCGGGGAAGUACUUUGACAAGGAAAGCCGAGUCCUGGAGGCCCCGAUGACAAUCUGGGUGGCGGACCAGACCAAACCCGUGGGGUUCACCGUCCACGCCGUGGUCACCACCUCGGACCUGGAGAUCAGCCCCGCGGAGCUGGACUUCGGCUGCUGCACCAUCCACGAGGCUGUCAGGACGGGGGUCAGCCUCCGCAACCACUCCCUCCUGCCCCAGGACUUUGGCUUCGUCAGGCUUCCCAAGUGUGUGGACAUCCAGCCCGGCGACGGGUUUGGCACGAUCCUGCCACUCGAAACUCUGCAACUUGACGUGAUCUUCCAGCCCACCAAGGCCAAGGAGUACAGCUUCGAGCUGGUCUGCAAAUCUGAGAUCAACCGGUGCUUCAAGCUGGCUUGCCGGGCCGUGGGCAUCCACCCGCCCCUGGAGCUCUCCCACUACCAGAUCAAGUUUGCAGCCACCGCCUUGUAUGGCACCUCUGUGGCCACGGUGCACGUCACCAGCUCCCACCUGAGCAUGAACUCUCUGACCCACUCCAUGCCCCGCAUCGGCUCAGAGGACGCCUCCCCAGUGGGGCCAACGUCUUUCGAGUUCCUGCUGCCCCCGGACUCACCGAUCACCAUCUCACCCUCAGUGGGGACUGUGUUGCCAGGAAAGAGGUGCCUGGUCCAGGUGGCCUUCCGGCCCGUGCUGCCCGAGGAGCUGAUCCAGCAGGAGGCCCUUCAGAUCCUGAAGAAAGAGAUGGAGACCAAACACUUCGGAAAGGACACGGUCACCCAGAGAAGGGGCCUGUGCAGACAGUCCUUUUCCACACUUCGGCUGCAGAACCGGGACCAGCCUCUCCAGGUCUCCACCCACCCCAGUCUGGAGCUGCAGGAGCAACAGCUCAAAGCCAGCUCCGACAGGUACCAGACUGCCCAGGCCUCCCUGGCUAGAGCUUUCCAGGGGAAGUUUGACAAGUUUGUGGUCCCCUGUGUCAUUGCCAGUGGUGACAUCAGAGACAGGAAGGGAUCGGAACCCCUGAGCUUCAGCCCCCACAACACCCUGUACCUGGAGCUGUGGUGUCCAACAGUGGCACCAUCUGUCGUGGUGACAUCCGAAAAAGGCAAGACCGUCUUUGACUUCGGCGAUGUUGCCAUAGGACACAGCAGCAUGAAGAAGGUCUCCAUCCAGAACGUCUCCCCGGAGGACCUUGCUGUGGGGUUCUCAGUGCUGGACCCCAACGGCCCCUUUGUCCUGCUGAACCCCACCAGCAAGCUGCACACGGGCGAGACGCAGGUCCUGGUGCUGUCCUUCUCUCCCCACGAGAGCAUCCUGGCUCAGGAAACGCUGGACAUCAUCACCAAGAGAGGCACGCUCACCCUCACCCUCACGGGCACCGGCAUGGCAUCCAUGACCACAUGCUCCAUCGAAGGCGAUGUCCUCGACAUGGGCUACGUGAUUGCCAGGGAGUCUGUCUCCUCGAGCUUCAAGCUGCAGAACAACUCCUCGCUCCGCAUCAAGUUCUCCAUGCAGCUGGAGAGCCUCUGCGGCCGCAGGGGUGAGGCCCAGCAGCAGCUGCCGCAGUUCCUGGCCUCCCCCGCCCAGAGGACCCAGGUGGUCGGCACUCAGAACUUCAGUGGCCAGAGUGUGUUCAGCGUGGCGCCCGUCAAGGGCAUCAUGGACCCAGGGAGAACACAGGACUUCACUGUGACCUUCAGCCCAGACCACGAGAGCCUCUACUUCUCCGACCGGCUCCGCGUGGUGCUCUUCGAAAAGACGGUCUCCCACCAGAUCCUCCUGAAGGGGGCCGCCCGCGAGCACAUGAUGUUUGUGGAGGGCGGAGACCCCCUGGACGUGCCUGUGGAGUCUCUGACGGUGGUCCCGGUGUUGGACCCCGAGCACAGAGAGGCCAGCUCCCAGCCAGGCCCUCCCUCUCCAGACAUGGAGGAGCUGAGGCCCAUCCUCGUGACCCUGGACUACAUCCAGUUUGACACAGACACGCCAGCCCCGCCUGCCACCCGGGAGCUGCAGGUGGGCUGUAUCCGGACCACCCAGCUGUCUCCAAAGAAGACGGUCGAGUUCAGCCUGGACAGCAUCGCGUCCCUGCAGCACAAAGGCUUCUCCAUAGAGCCCUCCAGGGGCUCCGUAGAGCGCGGCCAGACCAAGACCAUCAGCAUCGCCUGGGUGCCGCCCGCCGACUUCGAUCCAGACCACCCACUCAUGGUGUCAGCUCUGCUGCAGCUCAGAGGGGACGUCAAGGAGACCUACAAGGUCAUCUUUGUAGCCCAGGUGGUGACCGGCCGCUGA